AUGAAGCUCUUCGGGCAACUCUCUGGUUACCCCAAGCUUCUCCUGGCUGGCAACCCCUCACGAGCCGAGCUGGGGACACUUUUGCUUGGUAUAUUGUCCGCGAUUGCAGCAGGUGUUCCAUUUCCAAUCAUUGGCAUUGUCUUCGGUCAACUGCUCGACGAUUUCAACGAUGUUACUUGCAGUCAAUCCGACGGAACCGCGUCCUCCAGCUCCGACUCCAGCUCUCAAUCCGACAUCAACAGUAAAAUCUUGUUGAUCGUGUAUCUCGCCAUUGCGCAAUUCGUUUUGAUUUAUAUGCACCUGCUAUGCUGGACCAUGACUGACAGGAACCGUCUUUUUGACAACUUGCCUGCUGGAGAGGUCGCUUCUCGUCUCAACACCGAUAUCCAGACGAUUCGUUCCGGUACUGCCGAAAAGGUUGGAAUUUGUCUCUCCAGUUUCUCCUUCUUCGUCACGGCGUACAUUGUCGCCUUCAUCAAGGAUUAUAUUCUGGCUGCGAUGCUCAUUUCAUUGGUUCCGGCUUAUUUCCUGAUGUCCUUUGUUGGAAGUCAUUAUAUUGAGAAAUACACCGGGCGCAUGUCCGACUACGCUGCUUCCGCCGCAUCGAUUGCUUCCGAGGCGCUUUCCAACAUUGUUGUGGUGCAGGCGUUCGGUGCCAACGGCCGUCUGGAGCAGAAGUUUUCCAAAGCUCUGAAGCAGUCGGAAACCGAGGGCUUGAAAAAGGCUGCUGCCACUGGUAUUCAGGCUGGUUUCCUAUACUUCAUUGCCUAUGGUGCGAACGGUCUGGCCUUCUGGCAGGGAAGUAAGCAGAUUGCCGAGUCACUGGGCACAGACUCAGCGGGUAAAACUGUUGGGUCUAUCUUCACUGUUAUCUUUGUCUUAGUGGAAGCUACUUUGCUCCUGAGUCAAGUUGCUCCAUUCAUUCAUCUGUUCACUCAGGCUGUGGCAUCGUACCAGAAGCUGCGUGACGACAUUGACCGCAAGCCUUUGAUUGAUGGAUCUGGUGAUGCUGGCAUUCGUCUCUCGCAGGCCGAGGGCGGAUUCGAGUUCAAGGAUGUUUCAUUCAUCUAUCCUUCUCGGCCUGAAAUUACUGUUCUUAACAAGAUCAGUCUCUCCAUUGCUCCCAAGAAGCACACUGCCAUUGUUGGUCUUUCCGGAAGUGGAAAGUCAACCAUCGCUGGUCUGGUUAACCGGUUAUACGACGCUACCGAGGGAGAGAUCACUUUCGACGGUCAUAACCUUCGCGAUCUCAACACCCGCGAUUUGAGAGGAUUCCUCAGUCUGGUCCAGCAAGAACCUUCUCUGCUUGAUCGGUCCCUUUUGGAGAAUAUUGCUCACGGUUUGAUGAACUCGAGCAACCCGGCCCACACACACCUGAAGACUACCCUUCUCAGUACUGACCUUUCGGAUGUCGCCAACGAAAUAAGGGAAGGCUCAGACCUGACCACAGCUGCUGAGAAGCGGGGUGCUGAAGUCGUCGAAAUUGUCGCGUUGGUCCGAAAGGCUGCUCAGCUCGCAGAUGCAGAUGGCUUCAUUGAGGCCCUGCAAUACGGAUAUGCCACUCUUGUCGGUUCCAGCGGACGUCUGAUCAGUGGUGGCCAGAAGCAGCGUGUCUCUCUUGCCAGAGCUCUUGUCAAGGAUCCGGCAGUUCUCAUCCUGGACGAAGCCACUGCUGCUUUGGAUUCUAGAAGUGAACAGCGUAUCCAGCGGGCUAUCAACAACAUUUCGACUGGCCGAACUGUCAUCACCAUCGCUCAUCGUUUGUCUACCAUCACCGGUGCCGACAAGAUUGUCUGCAUGCACAAGGGAGAUAUUCUUGAGGAGGGAAGUCACUCUGAAUUGAUGGCCCAGAAUGGUCCAUACUCUGAUCUCGUCAAGCUGCAGACUCUCGGGUCUGCCCCCAACAAGACUGAAUCCACUGUCAGCGUUGAAACUGUCAGCAAAUCUGAUGAUACCUCUAUCACAGAGGUUGACAACGAGAAGGGCAGUGUUUCAAAUGACACUGAACCCGCCAAGGAGGUUCAAGUCUCUACCACUGAGCAGCCAGCCCCUGAAUCAGCGGAGGAUGAGGAGGAUGAGCCCGAGACUCCCAAAAGAGCCUGUGGGCUCUUUGCAAAGGAUACGCACCCGCUGUUAGACCCCAUCUCCUUGUGA